GAUGCCGCCAGGCGCCAUUAUUAUAUUUUUUACUGUAGUAUCCACGUACGUGAGAGUGGUUAUGAAUAGUAUGUAUUUGUUUCUCUUCCCUUAAUACAAAAUGAAUACUGAUGCAUCCCCAACUUGUAAAUGGUUGGUUUGUCAUUCUAAAAGAUACUCAGGAAGACCAUACUUCUUUAAUACGUUGACAGGAGACGCCGUGUGGAAUUUGCCUAAACAAAGUGUAGCGUUUAUCAAAGCAAGAGCAAAUCAAAGCAAACCUAUAAUAAAUACAAGAUAUCCAGAGCCUAAUGAAGUCUUUAAUGAUACUAUAUCCACUUCCCUUAACAAUAAUGCAGUUUUUAACCAGCCAUCAGAAAAAAUGUAUAAUACAUUCUGUAGACAAAGCCGUUCUAUUGCUAACAUAAAUUUUUCACACUAUUCCCCAGAACACACAUAAUAGCAAUACUUUGGGUGUGCUAAGUGUCUGUCCAAAUGCAAUAAAUUGGAAUGAAUCUUCUAACAACCCAGAGUGUUACUUAAAUGCUAACCAUAGCAAUUUGCAACCUCAUCAGGUUCAUGCACAUUUACCAACACCUAUAUCAUCUAAAACAAAAAAAGAAGAAGUCUUUACAUUGCAAACUGAAAGUAAAGUUACAGUGCCAAAACAAUGUGAUAUGAAUGAUCAAAUGAAUUUUCAAAACAAUUCCAAUAAUAUUACUUCAGGUCAUGUAACUGCAUCACUUGAAGGUGAUCAUGAUAUGAAAAUAAGCAAAGACGUUGUUGAAGAUGACUUACAUGACAUGCUGGAAACUAAUAAUUUUAAUAUCACAGCUUUGCAAACAUUGUUUAAGAUUGACGUAAGAACCAAAGUUUGGUUUCUUGUGCUUGAUGAGGAUGUGUUUUUAAAGAAAUUAAACUUUAUAAAGGAAAUUCGAAAUGCAGACAAUAGGUGUCGUUUGGUCGUCCCGGAAUGUGUUUUGAAUCGUAUUCAAAAGGGAACAACAUCUGUUAACAAGAUACAUAUGAAGAGAGCAUUACAAGCAGCCAUAUUUAUUUCUAAUGUCUUAACGGAAAACUGUGCCAUUGUUGGUAAGUGA